UGGCACCCUUACUAAGACGCAAGUGUCGCCGUCUGCAGCCGAAGCUCGCGCCGCGAAGGUUUCUUUAAUCCCGUGAAGAAACACACAAGAAGGGAGGAGAGGCAGCACGCAAUCAGCCAGCCCAGCCAGCCGCUCGCCCUCGCCGCCGCCCAAUUGACCCGAUCGAGGAGCCUCCCAGGCCCAGCGAAGGGGCAGAGGCAGCCAUGGCCACCGCCAACCUGUCCAGCGUGGUGGUGGCGGUCGACGGCAGCGAGGAGAGCAUGAAGGCGCUGCGCUGGGCGCUCGACAGCCUGCGCCUCCGCCCCGACGGCGCGCUCGUCGUGCUCCACGUCCAGCCGCCGCCCGGCAUCGCCGCGGGCCUCAACCCCGGCCCCAUCCCCUUCGGCGGCCCCAGUGUGGCGGAGGUGCCGGCGUUCACGCAGGCCAUCGAGUCGCACCAGCGGCGGAUCACGGAGGCGAUCCUGGAGCACGCGCUCAAGAUUUGCUCCGACAAGAAUGUGGAGGUGAAGACGCAGGUGGUGGUGGGGGAUCCCAAGGAGAAGAUCUGCGAGGUGACGGCCGAACUCAAGGCCGAUCUGCUCGUCAUGGGGUGCCGUGCUUUUGGCCCUGUCAAGAGGAUGUUCUUGGGCAGCGUGAGCAACUACUGCAUCAACAGCGUCGGCUGCCCCGUCGUCGUGAUCAAGGGCACCUGACCCAUCCUCCACCAACAAACAUUCGUUGUUGCGUUCCGCAUCAUGUUUUCUGAGGUUGCCACCGUGUUGUUGUGUCCACUCCUGUGCAAAUUCACUGCACACUUCCAACACUAUCUAUGGUCUAUUGGUUUAUAUGUUAUCAUUGACGUUGUUUGCUAGUGCUUGGUUGGAUGAGGCCGAAGAACUGCUCAGGUCUGUACAUUCCGUGCGUGGAGAUUGCCAAAUUGGUUGGUUGUGGGAUCCGUGGAAAUAAGCCUGCACACCGUGCACUCUGUUUUGUAAAUUGAUCAUUGUUGUAUAUUAUUAUCAGCUAAAACACGGUGCCAUGGGGCACAUGGUUUUGUAUAAAUAAAACAUUGUUACAUGGGGCAAGAGUCCCUGGUUUCCUUGUCC